UUUUUUUAAUUUUUAGGAAAUAUGUAUUUUCUGAAUUAACUUUUUGUACAGGAAUUUUCCUAAGACAUAUAAACAUGACAACUACAUUCAACAAAUCGCCAGUAUCAAUAAAUUAGGCUCCUAAUUAUUAUCAAGUCCAAAAUGGAAGAAGAGCUCAGGUGUAUAUGUAAAGAAUUCUACAGGGAACCAGUUCUGCUUCCCUGUGGGCAUGCAUUGUGUCGCGUAUGUGCCGUUUCCCUUCAGAUUCAUGUUAGUGAUAGCGAUAAUGCGUCUGCAUUGAAUACAGACUACCAAGAAGCAGACAAAGCAUCUGUGUCGAGUGAGACUGACAGUGGUGUAGUUUGUGGAUCAAGGCCUAAUAGUUACGCAGGGACCCCAGCCGCGGCAGUUUACCCCGCCGCAGUAUUUAAUAUAACGUGUCCAUUGUGCGGUAAGCAAGCAUUUUUAGACGAGAAUGGAGCUGAAGGGCUACCCCCUUUCCGUGUUAUGCGAACUAUCGUUGAACGCUUCGGUGGUGUUACUGUUGCCCCGGCUGCUGAGGAAGCGUGCCAAAUGUGUGAAGGUGAAAAGCGAGUGGCCAUAGUUCGUUGUGAGCAGUGUUCUGUGCGUUAUUGUGCCAGCUGUAGAGAUGCCUGGCAUCCAAUUAGAGGGCCGUUGGCUCAACACGAGCUUAGAGCUUUGGGGACUAUAUGCACUGACCAUGGUUCACCGCCCGUCCUUUACUGCAACACUUGCCUACUUCCUAUUUGUCAACGAUGUCUAGCAGAGAGACACUCCUCACAUGAAACACAACAUCUAUCUAGUGCAGCUAGAACACAAAAGACUGAAUUAUCACAAACCCUCCAUCAACUCUCUGAAGAAGCCAAAGCAAUGACUGAAUGUAUACAACUAGUCAAAGGAUCAGGAGAUAAAAUUAACGAAUCUUGCGAAGAAUUAGAAAGGCAAAUUGAUCAAGCAUGCUUGGAAAUUACACGUGCUGUUGAAAGAAGGAGAGAUGAGUUAAUUAGAGCAGCACGAAACACAAAAACAGAAGCUGUAGCAAACAUGAGAUCAUUUAUGUCACAGGCUGCACAAAAAGUUCAUGAAGCCACUGCAUUAUUACAUUUUUCAAUAGAAGCCUUAAAAGAAUCGGACCAUGCAGCAUUUUUGCAGGUGGGUAAAAUUCUGACUGCUCGAGCACAAGACACAGCAUCAGGACUAAGACUGUCGCUGGAGACACCCCCAGCUCCGCCUGCUCUAACACUUGACAUUGAGCCUGUGCUACGAACCGUCAAAGUUAUAAAUUUUGUUGAAUGCAUACCUCCAGAAAAGGAAAUGAAAACACCAGCGCCUGGCGCUCCUGAAAUGGCGGUGGAAGCGUGCGCGGCGCGUGGCUGUUCGUGUACGUUGGCGUGGCGUGCGCCGCACGUACCACGAGCCGUACGCGGAUACGUCCUGGAACUCGACGACGGCCUGGGCGGACCGUUCCGGGAAGUGUACUGCGGGCGUGAAACUGUGUGCACCAUCGACGGAUUACACUACGCCUCGCUUUACAGUGCCCGUGUUAAAGCCUUCAACGGCGCGGGAGAAGGGCCCUACAGUGAAGUCAUCGGUCUACAGACAUCACCGGUGGCGUGGUUCACGUGGGACGCGCGGUGCGCGGGCGCCGAGGGUGGGCUGAGCGUGGACGCGGAGGGGCUCCGUGCGCGUGCGUCCGGCUGGCAGCCGCGCGUGGCACUGGCAGACCAGCCGCUGGCACGCGGCGUGCACUACUGGCGCCUACGCCUCGACCACUACGACGGCAACGCCGACCCCGCCUUCGGCAUCGCGAGAGCCGACGUCGCGCGGGACAAGAUGCUGGGGAGUGACGCGUUGGGGUGGGCGAUGUACAUCGACGGGUCGCGCUCUUGGUUCGUGCAUGGCGGGGCUCAUGGAGGGCGCGCGGCGGGCGGAGUGGCGGCCGGCUGUACAGUGGGCGUGCUCCUCGACCUCACACGCGGCACGUUGCGCUUCACCGUCGACGACCAACCGCAGGGUGACAUUGCAUUCACGGGGUUGCGGGGCGCGUUCUACCCCGCCGUGUCGCUCAACCGCGGUGUGGCGGUCACACUGCAGCCAGGAUUGCCGCCGCCGCCACCCCCUCCCGACCUUGACCUUUCGAACCUCUCAAUAGAAUAAAAUACAUAUAACAUUGUUCCCCAACCAUGUUCGUCAUACACUUGCCUGAACACUAUUUUGAGACUAAGCUCGGAAUGAUAAACUAUGUCACACAAAUUUCAUGAUUUAUUCAUAUUUUAAGGCCUACGUCAUUUCUGGUACGAUUAAUUUUGGAAAUUAUAACAUUAAAACAGCACUAUGAAUAAGUAUGUAAUAAAUUGUGUAGAUAUUUAAAAAGACAGGACAUCUAACAUGUAAAAAAAUGUCAUAAAAAUAUAUGUAUAUGUAUACAAUCUGUAAC